AAUUGUAAAGCAGCAGAUAGCUCACCGACCCACGGAGCUCUUGUUCUUCCACAAUGGGCCUCUACCCUCUGGUCUGGCUUUUUCUUUUUGCAUGUACAGCUUGGGGGUAUCCAUCCUCACCACCUGUGGUGAAUACUGUUAAAGGCAAAGUCCUGGGAAAGUAUGUCAGCUUAGAAGGAUUUGCACAGCCUGUAGCUGUUUUCCUGGGAGUCCCCUUUGCCAAGCCCCCUCUUGGCUCCUUGAGGUUUGCUCCACCACAGCCUGCAGAGCCCUGGAGCUUUGUGAAGAACACCACCUCCUAUCCUCCUAUGUGCUCUCAAGAUGCUGUUGGAGGGCAGGCUAUCUCAGACAUGAUCACCAACAGAAAGGAGAUCAUUCCUUUACAGUUUUCUGAAGACUGCCUCUACCUGAAUAUUUACACACCUGCUGAUUUGACAAAGAACAGCAGGUUACCAGUGAUGGUGUGGAUCCAUGGAGGUGGACUGGUAGUGGGUGGGGCAUCCACCUAUGAUGGACUGGCCCUCUCUGCCCACGAAAAUGUGGUGGUGGUGACCAUUCAGUAUCGCCUUGGCAUCUGGGGAUUCUUCAGCUUCUCCUGGAAUCUUUUUAAACUGGACUUACUUGGAAACCCAAAAGAGAGCUAUCCCUUCCUCCCUGCUGUGAUUGAUGGAGUGGUGCUGCCAAAGGCACCAGAAGAGAUCCUGGCUGAGAAGAAUUUCAACACUGUCCCCUAUAUAGUUGGCAUCAACAAGCAAGAGUUUGGCUGGAUUAUUCCAACGUUUAUGGGCUAUCCACUCGCUGAAGGCAAAAUGGACCAGAAGACAGCCAAUUCCCUCUUGUGGAAGUCCUACCCAACACUUAAAAUCUCUGAGAAUAUGAUUCCAGUGGCCUCUGAAAAAUAUUUAGGAGGGACAGAUGAUCCUGCCAAAAAGAAAGACCUGUUCCAGGACUUGAUUGCAGAUGUGGUAAUUGGUGUCCCAUCAGUGAUGGUGUCUCGAAGCCACAGAGAUGCUGGAGCCUCCACCUACAUGUAUGAAUUUGAGUAUCGCCCAAGCUUUGUAUCAGCCAUGAGACCCAAGGAAGUGUUAGGAGACCAUGGUGAUGAAAUCUUCUCAGUAUUUGGAACUCCAUUUUUAAAAGAUGGCGCCUCAGAAGAGGAGACCAACCUCAGCAAGAUGGUGAUGAAAUUCUGGGCCAACUUUGCUCGGAAUGGGAACCCUAAUGGGGGAGGGCUGCCCCAUUGGCCAGAAUAUGACCAGAAGGAAGGCUACCUGAAGAUUGGUGCCUCAACUCAAGCAGCCCAGAGGCUAAAGGACAAAGAAGUGGCUUUUUGGGCUGAGCUCAGGGCCAAGGAGGCAGCAGAGAGGCCAUCCAACAGAGAACAUGUUGAACUCUGAUCAGGAGGAUCAGCUGUGUUUGAGAACCUGGAGCCCAAGAAGUAUUAGUCCACAGAAGAUUUUUUAGAGAAAUAACACUUCUUAUCUUUCAGGCUAUAACCUUAUAUGGUAUUAUGUACAAAUGUAUUAAAGAGGAAAUAUUUAUCCUCUUCAACUUGUAAAAAUAAAACAUUGUUUUGAAAAUUA